AUGCAGCAAAGAAGGCCUUCUGGAACCGAUGGUUCUGAUUAUUCCUACCGUAUGGUCGUUGAUUCAAGGUAUCAACUUGUUGCAAAGGGGAAGACGCGUCUCGCUGCGCUAUUUAUCAUUGAGGCUUUGUUUCUGUUAAUAGGAGUGGUGUUUGCUGUUUUACCAGGAAAAAAAGACGGCACAACAGAUAUAGUUGCCAUUUCUUCUGUUAUUGCCAGUCUUGUUUUGUUGAUCAUUGGGGAUUUAGGUAGAAGACGAAGCCGGUCGAGUUUGUUGAGAUUAUAUGCCAUUCUAUCUUCCUUAGCAAUGCUUCUCUUCACUGCUUCUCUUGCUAACCAGUAUUCCCUGUUGAAGGUUAUCCAGUAUUAUAGUAAUCGCGAAACAAGCAAUUUUGACGUUGAUUAUCUUGCUCUUCAAACUGGUCUGUUGGUAUAUAUACUCACUUUAUAUCUGUUCAAGAUUAGUGUCAUCAAAGCAGUUGUUUUCCUUCUUUUUAACAUGACGCCUCCCAAGAAAGCCUCUUAG